CGGGGACAGGAAUACAGCACAGCCGGUAUGCGCGUGUCUUCCGGGUCUUCUUCCACGUUGGGUAUGUUGGCUUAUCGCGGCGGUUAUUGGGUUGUCCAUUGCUGGUUUUUGUACAUACCUAUGCAGCCUGUGCAUGAGUCCUGGAGAGGCUCCCCAGAAAGUGGUCCUCUCGCGAUCGCAGCCAGCUGCUAGUGCAGCAUUACGAGUGGUUAAUCAAUUUAUCGGUAUCUUUCUACGUAUGUGCAUGUGAUUAUUUUUUUCGGAGAAAAGCAAAAGCGUCUGGGUGACUUUUUUGCACGCAACCGCUCGUUUCUUGAUGAGCGCCAUUCGGAGAUAUCUUCUUCGAUUUGCUACCUUGUAGCUCCAUGAUUAUGAACAGCGUAGCAUCACAACCAGUGGGUGCACCUAGUGGUAGGUUGGUAUAGACGAACACCUAACAAAUGCAGCGCCUGUUAAAGCUGAGAUUGUCGAUGAGCCUGCAAGAAAAAACCUGCGUGCGAAAAAGGAGAGCAAACCAAAAGCGAAAGGUUAAGACUGUCGAUGCUUUUUCAUGGCUUGCACUGGUUUCUAAGAACACCUUCGUCCUCAGUGUCUAAAGCGGAUUUCCUGAUUAUAACUGUAACUCAAACAACACACCCAGGGGAAAAACAUGGGGGCCGCGCUGCGCCAGGCAGUGCAGGGAGAUGAGACCCCGGGGGAGCCCGCGGAGCCGCGCCAACGCGGUCCAUCGUGUGGCCCAAAGACUCCUGGCCAUACAACUGGGCGGCAGGAACCUGCCGGGCUGGAUGAUGCAAAAACACAGGGGGGCGCCACCUGGGCAAAUUCGCAAGGCCUCCGGGCCAGAGGCUGGCUACUUCGUGCUCGGAGGGGAAGCCUUCGCGCCAGAAGCGCCGGCAGGUCUGGGCCGGGGGGCCGCCCUCCCCAGACCGCGGGGGUUCCUCUCUCUUUCUGUCUCUCUCUCUCUCCCUCUCUCUGUAACUCAGACAACCGCUAUGAAAAUGAACGGGCGUAGUUGAUAUUAAUUAGGGCUCUAAGAAAAUAGGGAAAAAACGAAAGGGAAAACGAAAGCAAAAGGCAAAGCGAGGGCGGGAUCGAAAGCGAAAGGGAAAGCAAAUGCAAGAUCGGCCGCGCAACCAAGAGGGGACACGGAAGGCGGAGCUAAGGGCGGAGCAACGGAAGACUCGAAAGAAAAACCUAAGGAGAAACCCGAAGAGAAACCGCAGAAGACGCCGGCAGAGAAACCGCGGGAGAAGACUGCAGAGAAACCGCAGGAGAGGCCUGCAGAAAAAUCGCAGGAAAAACCGAAAGCAGAACCCAAAUCAGGAGGGACCUCCCCUUCCCCCUCCCCUUCCUCCUCCUCCUCCUCCUCCUCGGAAGCUGAAGUAUACAGCAAGACUUUCCUAGAUGCGGAAAGAUUGGAUCUGCUGUUAUGGUGUAGAUUGAAUUUGGAGUGUCUUUCUUAGUGUGCUAGAAACUUCAACUCAUUUUUUGUUGCUUUUGCGGUAAUAAGUGUCAGUAUGAUGCUUCGUCUUGUGAUUAAAGUAUAGAAAGAGAUGAAGUAGCCUAGGCGGGACAAUGCUUCGUAUGCACUUUCUCUCGUUUGUAUUUGAUGUACUAUACUAUUGGUACUUGUACAACCAUAUAGACUUAGACACCACGUUUAUAAUGAGGAUCUAAUAGAUGCGAAGAAAAGUGCAGAUGGAGUCAAUGUGCAUUCAUUUCGCGUAGGAAGCUUCUCACGGCGUCAUAAUAUGCCAGUCGGACAUGCUGACCGUCGCCCUGACUUACCAACAACGGGCCUGGUGCUUCCGCCUCCCGCAACAUCUUCUCCACCGACUCCGUGACUCUAGCACGACUCAGAUGUUCAGACUAGUUGAAUAACAUGUUAUGGGUGGGCGUGCCUGCGUAACUACUUGAAAUUCGAGAGCUACUUGUACUCAAAGUAUCAAAGGGAAAUCCUUACUCCUUCUCCACAACCUUAGUGUUUAUUUUUGCUUGUAGUUCCCGCAUUGGGACGCGCAAGCUGUGGUCUAAACUAGGUAGUUUUGUAGCUAGUUAAAAUAGAAGGUUGGAUCGAAGCUCUGGGCACCGGGUCGAGGGGACCUGCUGGAAUUGGUGAAUUUCUUGUCUUUUCACGUCUGCGGAUCCCGGUGGAUCCGCAGACAACAUGACCAAGAAACUCCUUUCCAGGCAGCCGCCUCACUCGAUCCGGUGGAAAUCGCUUCGAUACAACCAACAAACUAAACUAGCUACUUAACCUUUAAAUUAGCUAGUUAAAGUCGGCCCCUCGUAUGGGAGCAAGUCAAAAAUUGAGGUUUUGGAGAAGGAGUACGGAUUUUCCCUUGAUACAAACAAGCACACCAAGUACAUUAGCCGGCUAGUUUCCCUCGAUAGUUCGGAGGUCGUGGUCGUUAGUAUUCCUUAUACGCAACUACUUGCACUUACGACAAUUAAAGAAAAACAGACUGAAGUUUUUGGCUUCCCUUGAUUCGUAGCUGGUGCUUCUUAGUGUAUUGGGGCCAUUUCAGUUUUUUCUAGACGCGGCAUCCAAGUACGCUAGACGUAGCUUUUUAACGUCAGAAGUUUGUAGUCCGAUACAAUCCACUUGUUACAUUAAAUAUACAUAUUCCAACGCUCAGGAGUAAAACUAGAAACCGAGGUAUCCAUGCAGACUCGCCUGGAUCUGAAUGUGAAAAGUGGCAAAAUUCGACUUAGAAUGCUUGCUGCAGAAGCAGGUUUACAAACAAUGACAGGAAAAAAGCGGCUGUUUUUAUGGCAGUCACAAUCAAUUUCCAUUUCUCUUCCUCAAAGUGAUGCAUUAGAAGAAGUUUCCUGCGUAACAGGGCCGCUAGUAGAG